AUGGCACCUCGAGUUGCUGAAAUUUUGUUGAAGAAGAGGAUCAAAGAGUGUCUGGAGGGUGGCACCCUCCCAGAGGUGUCCAUGAUCAGCACAGAACUUAAGAAUGUAUACAGGUUAGUGAUUCUCUUUCUCGCCCAUCAUUUUUGAUUUACGAAAACCCCUAUUUUGGCGUUUUUCAGUGAAUACACUCGUUACAAAGAGCCUCUCUUUAUCAGCAUGAUCACUUCGGCCCUUCAAGGCCUUCAAGUUGAGAUCAUUCCCUCAGGCAUGACUCCAAAUAAACGGAAGCGCCAACUUCCGAAGAAACAAGUUGUGUAAGUUAGCGUUAAAUGUUAGCCCUGUUACGGCAUGAGCUUGAGUUGUCUAAGAAAACAGUAUUCAGAGAGACUGUUCUCAAAAAGUUUUGUGUCAAGCACAGCGUCCAUCUCAAAAUUACUCAUGUAUAACUACAAACGCAAUCACAGUCAUAAUGGUUCCCUCGGUGAGGAUGAUGCGGUCAGACGCCCGAAAAGGUCACGCCGAAUGUCUUGGACACCCGAAAGCGGCGGGGGAGAAGAGAACAGCUCGGCUAGGGUCCACUAAAAGGGGGUCAGUGGGGCUGUACGAUGUCCACUCCGUUCCGUCGCUAUCUUCGCCGCAUUCCCUUUUCCUCUCUCGACACCUGACCACUCAGUCCUUUGCCUCCGCCCUCCCCUCGACCGACCAAACGAGCGCUGUGGCUCGUUCGCGCGUUCCCCGUUCUCAGAGGUCAUCGGGUCAGUCGGACGCGACGUUCAGAGUCCGUUGUGGACACGCGCUGUUCGGCGUUGCUCUCUUGCCCUUUCUUCUCUUCGGAUCCCGUGCGCUGGUCGUAUUAUUCCGAAUUAUACAUCCAUUCGUCGUGUGGGUUUAGUGGUUUCGGUUGGGUCAUUUUAAACUCGGAAAACGUCAUAUUUUGAUGCUUUUCUACAUAAUAUGACUUCGAAGUCUAUGAGUGGAUGUAAGAGUUUGUCUUUCACUGUGCUUCAAACGUCCAUUUUUGUGUUUUCUAUCCGUUGUAAUUACUUUACAGUACUGUCCAUUUAAACGUACUCGAUCGAUGUUCCUGGCUUUCAGUACUUUUAAAAAUGCACUUUUGGACUGGAGUGUAGGGCAGUAAUUAGAGAUUUGCGCGUCACUCUCGGAACAUAAUACCUCCGCUCCCCGAUCAUACAAAAAGUAAAGUUGUUGGGAACGGAGCGGAACGACGAUGUCCACCCAAUUCCCCGUUUCGUCUCUCUCAUUUCAUGCAAACCGCCGCCUCCAAAGUGGGCCAAGCUCUCUCUCCGCCCUCUCUUCCUUCCUUUGUGUUGCUCGCUCUCUGUUCCCGUUCCUUUGCCUCGAGAAUGGCCACUGUCCAUUCAAUGGACAGUGGUCAUUCUCUCGAUAGUGUUUAUCGUUCGUUUCUUUAUAAUUUGAAUAAGAUUUCGGUCAAGGCUUCGUGGGGUUCUGAGUUCCGAAAGUAUCGAAAGAACGGCGCGAGCACAGACAAAAUAGUUCGGUAUUUGUUGCGCAAUCACGGAGAGCAUCUGAUGUGAUAAUUUAGGACAGAAAAAAGUUUUUAGUGAGUUUCUGAUUAUUUGUAUCACUCGUAUGUAUUACGAGAGCCAUUGUUGAGCGUCUGUCGUUCCGUGCUUUAGUUUCUGUUUAUUUUUUAUCACCCAAAAAUUUUCUUUUUGAGAUUUACCGCAAAAAUACCUUGUGCCGCGAUAAAAAUUAGUGAUUCUUCUUGUCUCUAGGUUCUUAAGCCAUGACGGCUUAUGUAAACUUAAAUUCGCCUACGAUCCAACGCCGAUAUGGAAAUCCCGUAUGGCAGUUCUUCAGAAUUGAUGAAGAGAAUUUGUCUCAGACGUGUGCAAGUUGUGGUCAGAAGUUAAACGCUCCACCAAAUACCACCAACUCCAAGAAACAUCUGAAGGCAAAGCAUCCCGAUUUAUAUGAGAUAGUGAGACGGCAAGAUGAAGAGAACCAAACGCAAAAGUUUCCUCGAAGAAAGCGGAAAAUGAGUGGGAGCGAAAGCAGUAGUUGUACAUAUAGUAAUAAAGAAGAUCAAAACGGGGUGGACGUUGCUGCGUUGUUACAGGGCUUUAUUGAGAACUGUUCUAGUUUCCCUAUGUUUGCACCCGAGCAUUCUUUCAGUAAGGAUCCAAUCACGCUGUCAGAUUCCGACCAUGGCGAUCAGGACGCAAAAGAAUACCCUGUAAGUUUCUCGAUAUCAAUUUUUGAUAAUUAUUUUUGGGGGCUAAGGUAGUACAGCCCCUUUGCUUGAAUUUUACUGUUUACAUCAGCAAUAAUUUCUUGUAUUUUAGGAUACGAAUUUUGGGAAUAGCACCCUUCAAGCGUUAUACGCCCAUAACAAACCGAUUCCUGCUCUGGCUACCGUUUCCCCAACCAUCUCUACUAAGCCCAUAAACAACAAUUGUAUUACCAUGCCUGCUCUGCCUGCACAAACGAAUGGGGUAUCGAUUCCCAAAGAAACUGUUCGUGAUACACAAGAACCUGUUGUAAAGAAGCGGAAUACGCGGAAAUCAAGUGCAACGACGGAAAGGAGCAUGUUUAAAUCGGAAGUUCCAUCAGUGAGGACUGUUGAUAUGGGAGGAGUAGACAGUCAAACAAUCGAAGGCCUUAGAUUCCUGUUGCAUAUGAAACGACGGAAAAUCUACGAGAAGCAGGGGGUCCAAGGCCCCGUCGGACUUCUAAUCCAUGGACCGCCUGGAUGUGGGAAGACGCGGUUUGCACAGAGCUUGGCAGGAGAACUAGAAAUGCCGAUGAUUCAAGUUGCAUGUACAGAAUUGAUCUCAGGAGUUAGUGGAGAAAGUGAAAACAAGAUCAGGCAAUUGUUCCAGCAGGCACGGGAGAAUGGGCCUUGUUUGUUGCUACUAGAUGAUGUGGAUAUAAUCUCAUCAAGGAGGGAUACCGCUCAAAGGGAGAUGGAAAAGAGGAUUGUCACUCAACUGAUCGCUUGCUUUGAUGGUUAGUUACUUUAAGAGAUAGUGAUGUAAUUAAUGUAAUCAUACAUGAUAUGUCUUUGAUUCAGACUUGGCCCACAAUGAAAAUCAAGCGAGCAGUAGCACUGAGCAACCACUAAGAGUGCAGUUCGACAAUGGCGGAAACAUCUCCGUGGAGAAUCAAUCGACAAGUAAAGGCCAAGUGUUUGUCUUGGCCACAACCAGCAGACUCGAAUCAAUCGAUUUGGCCCUAAGGAGGCCUGGUCGAUUCGACAAAGAACUCUCGAUUGGAAUCCCUGACGAGAACGCAAGGAGAGAGAUCUUAUCCGUUGUUUGCAGUAAAAUACAGUUUGCUGAGGACGUUUCACUUAAACAAAUUGCCAGGCUGACUCCGGGAUAUGUUGGAGCUGAUUUAGUGGCGUUAGCUCGAGAAGCAUUGGUUUCAGCUACUGAUCGGGUCCUUGGAACCUUCAUUGAAAGGAAAAAAAUGGAUUCUAAAGAGAAGAAAAGAGAAAUAGAAAGGCGUAAGUUGUCGUUACAAACAUUGAUAUCAGUAACCGAAGCACGCUAAGGAUUCUGUUUUUAGUUGUAAUAUCCUUUGGCAAUAUUGGAGACGAUGAAUCAGAAAAGUUGGAAACUGUCGAGGUGGAAUUUAAAGAUUUCGAACGCGCGUUAAAUGUAGUCAGUCCAUCUGCGAUUCGAGAAGGCUUUGCGACGGUACCAGAUGUCACCUGGGACGAUAUUGGGGCCCUGAAGGAUGUACGGUCAGAACUGGAAUGGUCUAUACUCAACCAGGUCAAAUAUCGAGAAUCCUAUGAAGCCCUCGGUAUUGGGAACCAGCCACAGGGCGUGUUGUUAUGCGGCCCACCUGGGUGUGGAAAGACUUUGCUCGCCAAGGCGGUAGCUAAUGAAUCCGGGUUUAACUUCAUCAGUGUCAAAGGCCCCGAGCUCCUGAAUAUGGUGAGUACGGUAACUGUGUGAUAAAUUGCGUCCUUUAGUACGUUGGAGAAAGCGAAAAGGCUGUCAGAACAGUAUUUCAACGUGCUCGAGACUCAGCGCCAUGUGUCAUUUUCUUUGACGAAGUUGAUGCUCUCUGUCCCAAGCGUAGCAGUAACGAGACCUCGGGAUCGGCACGUCUAGUAAACCAGAUGUUGACUGAAAUGGAUGGAAUCCACGCCAGGAAGGAAGUCUUUUUGAUGGCAGCCACCAAUAGACCAGAUAUGGUAGAUGGCGCUAUUAUGAGGCCAGGUCGUUUGGACAAGGUCGUCUUUGUUGACUUUCCUAACAUGGAAGAUCGUGUUGAUAUCCUUCGGAAGUCCACCAAGAAUGGAACCCAUCCGAAGAUCUCUCCAGAUGUCCGCUUUGAAGAAGUCGCUGCUCUGCCUGCCUUGCAAGGUUACACGUAGGUUUUUUGCAAGUCUUGGAGUAAAGGCAUUGUCAUCAACUACACAUUACAAUUUCAGUGGCGCCGAUCUCUCCGCUCUUGUGCACCAAGCCGGUGUCCAGGCGUUAAGGGAAAGAUUAAACAAUAAUCCUGUAGAAGCUAUAACUUUUGCACAUUUCAUUGAAGCUAGUCAAAGGAUUACUCCAUCAGUGUCAAAAGCUGACCGUGUAAAAUAUGAACAACUCAAAGAAAAAUACAAGAAAUUGUAAACUUCCAAAUGACCUCAUAAUUGUUAAAUUUGUUCUUUAUUGUUCUCAAUAAAUUUGACUCAACUCGAUUUUGUUUCAUACCGUAUUGUGGCCGUAUCGAAUAAAAAUAGCGUUAUGUCGCGCCCAUCAAGCGAUUUACUCAUUUUCCGAUAACUUUGUGAUAUUUCGAAGGCGGAAUCAAUAGUGUCAUCGGAAACAGAGCUUGAAUUCGCGGUUUUUUUCCGACUGCAAUCAGGGAAAAUCGUUUCAAAACGGUGUCUUUUUGCGUUCCGUGGGCCUAUUAUUUCUUUUUUCGGUAUCGGCGAUUUUUCGAGUCGCCAGUGUUUUCUUGAAAACUUUCAUUGAUUGGGAAGCCGUCUGGUUACAUUAUUGCUUCUUAUACGCGAAAGUGUUUGUUCGAUACAAAUUAAAAAGUGCUAUGUUCUUGCAGCUCUUUUUUUUAAUUUUGCAUAUUUUUGAGCGUUUGCGUAUAAAUAUAUAUAUACAUUUUUAUUGAUUCGUUCUUUUCAUUCAUUAACGAAGCUUUCAGGGUACCUAAUAUGGCUGACUCUGACCAUGAUGAUCACGACUUCGCCACCGGAGAGAGUGGAGCCGCCGCUACCUUCCCCAAGCAAUGCUCUGCCAUCCGCAAGAACGAGCACGUCAUGAUCAAGGGCCGGCCAUGCAAGGUAAUUGAACCAUUCGUUUUUGAAUCUGAUUUUUUAGGUCGUCGAAAUGAGCACCUCCAAGACUGGAAAGCACGGUCACGCCAAGGUCCAUUUAGUCGCCAUUGAUAUUUUCACUAACAAGAAGCUGGAAGAUAUUUGCCCAAGUACCCACAACAUGGAUGUUCCAGUUGUAAAGAAGAAUGAAUAUCAAGUAAGUUGGGUUUAUUCUCUUUUAAAUCAUAUGGUGGACGGCGUUUAUUUUUUUCCUGCAGGUUAAGGUUCUUUCCUUUUCCUCACUAAAUCCAGAGUAUGCGAUUUACACCUUCCACCACGUGAUAUUUCUUGUGUAAAAAUUGGCGAUGAUGUUAUUGAUUUAUGGGUAAUUUUCGUCUGAAGACCAUUGAUGUUACGAUUUACUGAGCUUAAUUUAUUGCUUACAGAAUUAUUGUUCUGCUCUGAAGCUGUUAUCUUAUCUUUUUACAAUUUCAGCUCCUUUCUAUCAACGAUGAUAACUUCAUCUCCCUUUUGGACGAGAACUGCGAGACCAAGGAUGACCUUCGUCUUCCGGAGGGUGAACUCGGCCAGCAAAUCAAGGACGCCUUUGAGAAGGACGAGAACGGAAUUUUGGUCACAGUUGUAAGCGCUUGCGGAGAAGAGGCCGUUCUUGGAUGGAAGAACAUGACCAACAAGGGGAACUAA